UGAGAAAUUUCUCUCUCUGGCUCCACGUGAUCAUAUAUUGCUUCGUUCGUGUUUUCUUUUAAAGCACCGUUGAUAAUAGGUGCUCCAUUUCAUUAUAGAAAUUGAAGAAUCUCUCGCUUGUUACAUGUAUAAUGAGGAACGAGGAUUAUGCGAUAACUGUAUCCAAUGACCGACACUGCUUGCGAAAACUUUUAUUCGAGAUACAGUUAUUCGAUUAGAAACAAGGAUGAAGAGAAAAAAGACAGCAGAAAAUUCGAGAAAAAUGAUGAAAUACCUAGCGAAUUCGAGUGUUGCUUUUGUACUACGAAGGAAUACAAAGAGUUCAGAGAUGCGGAAAAUAUAAUGCCACUGGCGACUAGCGACUUUCGUAACCCCAUCUGCCAGGAAAUGAAGUCGAUGCGAUCCGGAGUCAUGUCAACAGAACCAUCCGUGCAUCAACAGAUUUUCGCAACAGAGAUGAAGAUAUCUGCGCUGCAACCAAUGGAUACUACAAAUUAUGGAAAAAUAUACAACGAGCAAGGGAGCAUAGACAGCUCUGAUACGUAUGCCAGCUGUCAAACUCAUCCAUCCCAUUCGCAGGUUUCUUCUGCUGGUCAUUCGGCGGAUAAUAAUAAGGGUGAUUUGACUGAGGAAGCAGACAGUAAUCUCUAUGUGAAUCCCCUGGAAGCUGCAGAAAAAUGUGGAAAUAGAGUGAAGAAAUCUACUUCCGGUGAAAUUGGACGUAAUGUCGACGCAUCACCGAGUAUUGAGUCAUCAAAGGAUCUUCGUCCCUUUAAUGAGGGUAGCAAGAUUACCUUAAAUGAUACAGUGCCCAAGCACAAAAAAAUUCGCAUUCAGGAGAGCGUAAGACCUCGUGCGCAAUUUAUCAGCGAUCAGGAAAGCAUCAUGACUCGUAAUAUUACGAAAAAGGAGACUACGGAGAACAAUUAUUAUGGAGGAUUACGAGGUGGCAAGCCAUUUACGACCAAUAAUAGUUUAGCCUCGGCAACAAGAAUAAUAAAUCAUCAUUUAUUUGGCUCUAACAGUCUAAUUGGACCCAGACAUUACACGGUGUCUACUGUAUAUGCAGGUCAUCGAAGGCAAAUUUCAGGAACGAACACUGAGAGCAAACUUUCCCUGUCCAUUGAUUCGAUAGAUAACGAAGGUGUGCCUUUCAUAGAUAGGCACCGAAUAUCCAAGUCAAUUCUGAAGAAAUCUGAAAGCAGCAAUAAUUACUAUAACAACAUCGGAGAUUCAGAUACGGAGAAGCUUAUCACAGAUAAUGCUUCGAUCAUAAGUACGUGCGAUAAUGAAACGAGCACCUAUGAUGUUUUCUCCAAUAUAAACGGGACAAGGAUAAAACAAUCUGUUUCCCCAUUACUGUCUAAGAUGAAUCAAAGCGAAGAAAAAAAUUGUGUUUCAAAGAUAAAGAGAUCGAUAUUCGACGAGGUUCUCGAAGAAGAGAAGCACACGCAAGAUGAAGUAAUGACAGAGAAUAAGAACAAAGAGGAACGAAAAAAAUCGCGAGUAAAGAUGGAGGAAUCUUCGAAGGACAGUCAAACAAUGUUGAUAUCUUCAUUACGAGCUCAUAAAGCAAAAAAAUUAAAUAUCGAGGAUAAACGAAAGAUCAAGAUGAGUAGUCAUAAUUGCAAAGGAACCGAUACAAAUUGUCUUCCUCAAGAACAUCAUUUCUCGUCAUAGCAUAAUAUUCUUUUAGUAUAACAUCUUUGUUCUAUAUUGCGUAUAUAUAUGUAGAUACAAAACACUCUGCAAUCAUACCUUAAUAUUUUCUUUUUUAGAAAUACCAUUAAUUUCUGAAACGCUUUGCGAUUAUACAUUAAUAUUUUUUUUUCUGUAAUAAUUAAACUAUACAUUUAUUUUUGGAUAUAAUGAUAUAUUGUUGAUACAUCAAUUCGAUCUAUCAUAUAAAUAUAUAUAAGGGAAUGUACGAUAAUU